GUCUCCGUAUUCCGUUCCUGAAGACCCUAAGCAGCAAGUACCGGGUGAUUCUCGCGUCUGGAUCUCCGCGCCGGCGCGAGCUGCUCGACCGCCUUGUAAGUACCUGCAAUGUAUCCAAUGGCCUCCCCUGCCCACGGCUGCUCGUCCGCGCAUUUCCGCUCUGUUGCUGAUUUGCACUGGAAAACACUAGGACUUCCAAUACGAGGUCAUCCCUUCUCAGUUUGCCGAGGACCUGGACAAAUCGCAAUUCGCGUCAGCCGGCGACUAUGUGCUGGAAAAUGCAGUGCGUAAAGCACAUGAUGUGCACCAGCAUAUGCCGGCAUCGGACAAACCCGUACUGGUUAUCGGAUCCGACACAGUCGUUGUCAGCUCCGAGGGGGUGAUCCUGGAGAAGCCUGCAUCCGAGGCCAAUGCAUUGGCGACACUUAAGGGACUGAGUGGCAAGACCAACACGGUGUUCACGGGCGUGUGCCUGAUUAUCCAAGUCCCUGGCCAGGACGAGCCCCGGAUUGAGAGCGCGAUUGAGUCAACUACAGUGACGUUUGGCGAACUUGACGACGAGCUGGUACGGGCAUAUGUGGCCACGGGCGAGCCGAUGGACAAGGCCGGGUCAUACGCUUAUCAGUCGCUGGCGUGCUUCUUCAUUAAGGAGAUCCAAGGCGAUUUCUACAACGUCAUGGGCUUCCCGUGCGCCCGCUUCUACCAGAUGCUGCAGAGCCUCCACCGCGAAGGUCUUUUCUAGCAAGCAGUCCACAUGCAGCAGGAUAUUUCGAUCUUUUUAUUGCCAAAAGGGAUAUUAUAAAUGAGAGCAGGCACCGUCUUGCAUAGCUUCA